AUGGAAGAUCAAGUCAACGGGAAACCCCUCUACGAUGUUGUGAUCUUCGGAGCUUCGGGCUUCACCGGAAAGUAUGUCGUUCGGGAAGCUCUGAAAUUCCUCCACACACCUUCUUCCCCGCUCAAAUCACUUGCUUUAGCCGGCCGGAAUCCAUCCAAAGUAGCCCAGUCACUGGAAUGGGCCGCCCACCCGAACCCACCUCCGGAUAUUCCCAUCCUCACCGCCGACACCUCCGAUCCUGCAUCCCUCCGUAGACUAGCGGCCCAGACCAAGAUCAUUCUGGACUGCGUCGGGCCGUUCCGUCUCUACGGGGAGCCGGUUGUGGCGGCUUGUGUGGAGUCCGGCUGCGAUUAUUUAGACAUUUGUGGGGAGCCGGAGUUUAUGGAGCGGAUGGAGGCGGGUUACCACGAGAAAGCGGUUGACAAGGGGUCUUUGGUGGUUUCUGCGUGUGGGUUCGACUCUGUUCCGGCUGAAUUAGGAUUGAUGUUCAAUUCAAGGCAGUGGGACCCGCCGGCGGUGCCCAACAGCGUGGAAGCUUACUUGAGUCUGGAGUCUGAUAAGAAUGUAGUUGGGAAUAUCGGGACGUAUGAAUCUGCAGUGCUUGGGGUAGCUAAUAUGUCCCAAUUGCAGGAAUUGAGGCGAUCCAGGCCCAGAAGGCCUCGUCCUGUGAUUCCUGGACCUCCUCCACCGAAAGGCUCGCUAAUUGAGCACCAGAAGAAGUUGAACCUUUGGGCUGUCAAGUUACCAUCAGCCGAUUCAAUUGUUGUCCGGAGAACAUUGGCGAGUCUGACAGAAAAUCCACGAGGGUUACCGGGUGUCAAUGAAAGUGCCGAGCAGGUUGAAAAGAGGGAGAAUUUCUGGUCAACUGUGAAACCAGCUCAUUUUGGUGUGAAGAUGGGGUCUAAAUCGCUAUUGAGUAUCUUUCGGAUCAUUGCAGUUGGGAUGUUCAUCGGUCUCCUUGGCAAUUUUUCGUUUGGUAGGAAGCUAUUGCUGAAAUUUCCGUCAUUUUUUAGCCUAGGGUGGUUUAAGAAAGAGGGUCCAACCGAGGAGGAAGUUGCCAGUGCUACAUUCAAAAUGUGGUUUGUUGGGCGUGGAUUCAGUGACAGCCGUCUUGCCGCGGAUGGAAACAAUAAGCCUGAUAUGGAGGUUGUUACCAGAGUAAUGGGACCUGAGAUCGGCUAUUUGACAACUCCAAUUAUCCUGGUUCAAUGUGCCCUUAUUCUACUGAAUCAGCGUGAAAGUUUACCAAUAGGUGGAGUUUUGACACCAGCAAUGGUCUUUGGUGCCACAGAUCUUCAAGAUAGGCUCCAGAAUAAUGGCAUAUCUUUCAGUGUGAUUUCGAAAAAUUCCCUUCAAGCCUAA